AUGGCGGAGCGGAGAAUUCCUGACAAAGCGGGAUUGGGAGGGAAGAAGCAGCUAUGUGGAGAGAUCACCUCCACCGCCGCGCGCCAGCCAGCCGUACCCCAUCAAAAAUCCGCCCGUCUCAACCCGCCGACUUUGACCGGACAGAACAGCGGCAAUUCACGCAAGAGAGAGCUUCCGAAGCGACGGGAUGGGAAUGAAAUGGCGGCCGAACGAACAGGCGAAGUUUCAGCGCGCGGCGAGCCCGGGCAGCCCCUAUGCACCGGACCCCGAUCCGAAAAACGCACCCUUCUCGGGACCCCAAACCCUAGCCCCCUACCAAGCCGCCCAACCCGAAACGCACCCGACCAACCGCCCCGGGGGGCUGCUGGGGUAGGUAUUAAUAUGGAAAGAUAG